AUGGCGACAAGAAGACGCGUCGGCUUCAGCACCUCCACCUCUGAGGCAUCACGCCGACAGCUCAUGCAGCCCGUCCCUUGCUGGGAGAAAGUAUGGGCUCCUCCAGACGCCGCGCCCCCAGGUUCCACCCUGCGCGUGUUCAAGUGGGUGAAGACCGAGAAAGUGCAGCAAUUCAGCGACGACGAGGGCGAGGCGGACGAGCCGCUCGCGCCGAUCCAGCCCGAGGACCUCGUCGAGGUCGUCGACGGCGACGACGAAGACGCGGACGAGGGCGCGGGCUCGCAGGCCCCGGACGCGCCGACCCCGGGCGCCCUCUCGCGCGACGUGUCCGAGCCCGCGUCCGCCGUGGGCGGGAACGAGCUCUCGAAGCCGGCGACGCCGCAGCCAGGCGCGCACAAGCCACACCCGCUCUCGGUCUCGUUCCAGCCGCCGACGCCGCCGUCCAUGCCGGAGGAGGAGGUCGACGAGGGGCUUGCGGAGGCGGAUGCGCUCACGGCGCGGCCGCCGCCCGACGGCGACGAGGGCGAGGACGGCGGGGUGGACUUGGGCGACGGGAUGAGCUUGGACUUGGGUGACGUGGGGCCGGACGGGGCGGGGUUCGAGGGCGACCUCUCGCAGAUGCAGGCGGACGAUGCGCUGCUGGGAGGACCGAUGCUGGACGACGAGAUGGGGGACCCGUUCGCGGUGCCACCGUCAUAG